AUGUCGGUCUCUUAUUCAAGAGACACCGCUUUAGGGCCAGCUGGCACUUCACGCUCGUCGAAACAGCAGCAUCACCUUGCAGGCGAGGGGUUUGUUCAUUCAACCACAGAAACUGUGCAAUCCCCCAGUGGCCGAGGCAAACAGCUCACAGCCAGGGAGAGCGCCGCUCUAGUCGGUCUAUGCAACUCUAUGUCACCAGAGGGAUGUUUCACGGCGAAGACCAAAAAAUUCUGGAAAGCCGUAUCCGAAGCAUUUGAGCAACAAACCGGACGUCUUUACUCCUGGCAAUCAUGUCGCCGACGAAUGAUAAAGUGGGAAACCCCAACCGACGGCGCAAGUCAACCAACAGUGCCAGCAACCGGUCUCAUUGAGUCUUCAAAUGCGGGCUCCCAUGCUGAAUCGUCUGUAGUGGAGGAAGGUCACUCUGCGGACGAAGAUGGAUCAGACUCAGACUUGCCGUUCACUCCUAAAGUGAGACGUGACCUCCACACUCAUCUGAACCAGGAGAACAGUGUCUUGCGAACGAAUGUCGUGGAACUGGUCAAUAACGGACUUGAGACAUUCGAAACUCAACUUCAGCUGUAUGUGGCCGCCAUUACCACUGAUCCAGAUGACCGGCUCAGGAUAAAUCUGACAUAUACCCACUUCCGAGACCAAAUGAGGGAGGUCGUGAACAAGUAUGAGAAAGGACGACGAUAG